AGAGGAGAGGGGAGUGAUGGAGGAGCUGCAGUUGUCAUGGAAACGCCUGGGCGGAGCGAUGUGAAGUGGGAUCAGUUUGUUUUGUUGUUGAAGGUCACAUGGCAAGGUGGAGCUCCGCCCCCCUUCCCCCGUUACCACCGAUUCAACCGUCUCGAGCUCCUGCUCCGGUCAGUUACUACAAAAUGGCUGCAGAGGCUCCGCCGCUGCUGAGAACCGACUGAACGCUUCACGCUGUGAAAAGAAGCAAAAAUACGAAAAGAGAACCAUUUGAUGGAAGAUAAGAAAAAGAAAAAACAAGACGAGAAGAAAAAGAAAGAGGCUGCUCAAAAAAAGGCCACAGAGCAGAUUACCAAAGUGCCAGACUCUACCAAGCUCAACCCCAGCCCUCCUCUUCCCCCCGUCAACCCCAGUGCCAUCCCAUCUGUACCCCCAAGCAGUGGAAAUGGGAAGCGCAUCCCCUCCGGAGGUCAGCCGCAGACAGCACAGCAGUCCCAGACUCCGCUCCAGCAGCGCUACCCGCCCAGAGAGGUGCCCCCACGCUUUCGUCAGCAGGAGCACAAGCAGCUGUUAAAGCGGGGCCAGCCUCUUCCCUUGGGGACCCUGCCUCUCAUCACCACGGGACGUCCCGCCACUAGUGAACCUGCAGCAGCAACAGUAGCCAUACACUCCUCUCUUUCCUGCUCCUCUUCCACUGCAGCCAGCUUGCCCACAGAACUGCCCCCACAGAGUGGCCAGGGAGCCCAGUAUGAUAAUCCCCUCUGGGGGCACCUGCCAGCCAACAGAAGUGCUACAAGUGCUGCAUCUUCCACCAAUCUCAGUGGCUGGGAUCAACUAAUUAUCGACCAGAAGGACACAGAGGCUUGGCCUUCUAUUACACUCAGCCAGAGCCAGGUCCCUCCAGGAGGAUGCCCUUUGGACACUGACUCUGGUCACCUGACCAGCAGCAGCAGAAGCAGUAGUACUAGCAGUAGUUGUAGUACAGUGAGUAUGGCCACGGGAGCAAAUAGCCAAACAGGCCACUUCCCUGCCAACCACCUCAGCAGCAAAGCCAACAGUGGGCCCAGCCCUGCCAAUCAUACUGGAACCAGCAUGCUCUCUGGCCAGGUUGCAACCAGUCGCAGCUGGGGCCCUGGGGCUGUAUCUUCCCAUUGCCCCCCUCAGUCCUCAAUGGGGAGUGAAACGAAGAGUGACAGCCCAGGAGGAGGAGGAGGCAGUACUAGGGGCUGGGGUCCUCCAUCAUCCUCCACCACCAACUUUAACUUGAACUUAAACCCUAAUGCCAACCCGUCUGCCUGGCCCAUGUUGGGGCAUGACGGAAGUGGCACAGGGGGAGGCAGCUCAGGGGGAGCCAACACCAUUUCACCUCCUCACUCUACACCCAACCUCUGCAAUCCACCUGGCCCCCCACCAGCCCAGACCAGCACCUGUACCGGAGCCAACACUAACAGCAACUCCUCGGGGAUUGGCAAUGCCUGGGUUACCAUGAUGGCUUCUGAUGCAGAGCCACACCCCUCCCCGUCCACGAAUGUGUCUUUCAGUUCAGAACCUCAGAACCUUAAAACUGAUGGACCAAAUCACACUAAUAAGCAGGAACCCCCCAGCCCCAUCCGCAGUUUGCCUGGCUGGGGAAGUGCACCUGUAGGCUUGGGUUCCAUGACCCAGCCACCGCCGGGAGGCUCACAGGUCAAUGGUGAAGAUGGUAAUUCAGUAUGGGGUAACAGUGGCAACUCAAAGGCAAUUUCAUCUAAGGAGGCACCUGGCUGGAGCCAUGAAGGAGAUGGAACAGGGAACUCUGGAGGCUGGGGUGAACACCCUGAAGAGACCCAGGGAGGAUGGGAUACACCCAGCUCUCCCGCACAGGACUCUCAGUCCAUCUCAUGGAGCAGGGCUGUAAGCACAGCUGGGGCUAGUGAAGGAAGCAGUGACAGCAUGGAAGGGAAUCCUCAGCGAAAAGACCGGUCAUCCAGAGAAAAAUCAGCUCCUUUGAUGCCUGCCCAGGAUCUGGACCCCAGGGUGCUGUGCAACAGUGGCUGGGGACAGACCCCCGUUCGCCAGCACACUUCCUGGGACAUGGACGAUACCAAACAUAAGAAUGAUGUAGGCACUGGAUCAUGGGGCUCUGGCUCAACCACUCCAGCCGAUGCCCAGGGGCCCUCCAACACUAGCACAGGCCCUAGCCAGAUGACUGACUCUGGGAGCAAAAAUGAUGCACCUGGUUCUCAGGGCACUUCUGGUUGGGGUGGAAACAUAGCAGCUACCAACCAGCCAAGCUCUGGUUGGGGAGAGCCACCGAGCAACAUCAAGCCCCCGGGUGGCCCUGGUGGUUGGGGAAACCCUCCACCAGGAGGUCCAAGCACCAGUAUACCCAAAAAUGGUGGUCAGUCCUGGGGAGAAAAGCCAAGUGGGUGGGACGAUUCUCACAUCAAGUCAGGAUCCCAGAACUGGGGAGAACAGCCCAAAGCAUCUCACACUUGGGCUAGCAGUGGAGUGAGCAAUAACACAGCAGAGUGGGGGGACUCAGAAGAGAGUAAAAAGAGUCCCACUAAUGCUUGGGAAGGAGAACCACGAGGCUGGGGAAUGUCUUCUCAAGGACCUGGAGGUAAUGGUGGCUGGGGAGAGUCACUUCCUCAGCGACCCAGUGGUCCCUCUCAAGGCUGGGGGGGCAAGCCUCAAGAUGGGCUUAGUGGUAACAAUGGAGGAGGGAGCAUGGGGUCCUGGGGGGGAUCGGGCUCAGUGAAACAAGGUCCAGGUUGGGGUGGAAAUAAGCAGGAAUCCUCAACUGAGCCUACAGGCUGGGAAGAGCCCUCCCCUCCUUCCAUCCGACGCAAGAUGGAGAUCGAUGAUGGGACCUCUGCUUGGGGCGAUCCCGGUACCUACAACAAGGCAGUCAAUCUGUGGGACAGGAACAAUUCAGGAUCGUCCCAGGCUAAAGUUACUACUGGAGGCAAUAAUCCCCCCAGCACCAACAACAACCAUCCCCACCCUCUCAAUCACCCUUACCACGGGCCACCUGCACCUUUACAGAACCACAGCCAAAACAGCCAGAACUCAGGCCCCACCAGCGGGCCUUUGGAUCCUACUGUGCAACACCAGCCUGGAGCAUCUCACAACAGAGGUCCCCUGAUGGCUCAAGGUUGGGGAGAGAUAUCCAGCUCCCACACAAAAUCGGAGAGCUCCUGGGGGGAACCUGCAUCUUCCCCGGUCAGCGUGGAUAAUGGGACGUCCGCCUGGGGCAAACCCAGCGGGAACUGUGGGGGCUGGGGCGAAAGCAAUCCGGAGAGCUAUGGCAGGGGCAACCCGACAAUGACACCUGCAUCUUGUAAACCUGCUCCCAAACCUAUGCAAGAUGGAUGGGGAGGUGGAGGUGAAGACCUGAGCCUGUCAGGUGGUCAAUGGGAUGCAGAGGAGGUAGACAUGUGGAAUAGCACUGCCUCCCAGGAGAGCAACUCUUCCUGUAACUCUUGGAGCAAUGCAAAUAAAAAGGCCCCACCAAAGGGGAAGAUCCCAGGGAAGCAGGAUGAGGUCUGGAUCAUGAAUCGUCUCAUCAAGCAGCUGACUGACAUGGGCUUCCCUAGGGAUCCAGCAGAGGAGGCUUUGAAGAGCAACAACAUGAACCUGGAUCAGGCCAUGAGUGCCCUGCUGGAAAAGAAGACGGAGCUUGACAAGCGUGGGAUGGGGAUAGCUGGCCACGACUACAACAACGGGCUCAUCAACAAGCCCAUGAGCUGCCCUCGGCCUCCGCUUCUUUCCAAAGACCCCUCAGCAGAUCCCCGCUUGCCCUUCAUGGAUAAGGUGCAGAGUGGAAUGUUUGGCGGUGGUGGAGCAGCACAAGUCCGGGCCAUGCCGCAGCCGCAGCCGCCUCCUCAGCCACCAGUGCCGCCUCUCAGCUCCUCUCAGCCUAGUCUACGUGCUCAAGUGCCUCAGUUUCUCUCCCCUCAGGUUCAAGCACAGCUCUUACAGUUUGCAGCAAAAAACAUUGGUCUGAAUCCUGCACUUUUAACCUCACCAAUAAACCCUCAACAUAUGACCCUUCUAAAUCAACUUUACCAGCUGCAGCUGGCGUACCAGCGUUUACAAAUUCAGCAGCAGAUGUUGCAGGCGCAGCGCAAUGUUUCUGGCCCCAUUCGACAACAAGAGCAGCAAGUUGCACGUACAAUCAAUAACAUGCAGCAGCAGAUCCAACAGCACCAGCGUCAGCUGGCCCAGGCCCUGCUGAUGAAGCAGCAGCAACAGCAACCGCCCCCUUCCCACUCAGGCCUGCAUCCUGGUGGAGCCAAAUCCUCCCUGGAUUCAUUUCCGGGUCAUCCCCAGGCUCCAGGCCUCCCUGACCUGCAGACCAAAGAGCCGCAGUCAUCUCCUAACACCUACAGCCCCUACUCUCUCUCUGGACUGAAUGUAAACUGCAUGGAGGUGGGAAGUCUGUCAAUGAAGGAACCCCCCCAACCCCAAUCGCGCCUGUCACAGUGGACGCACCCAAACUCCAUUGAAAGCCUCUCUGGAAACUCUUCUCCAUUGGAGCCCAACCUGGGCAAGCAUGGUGCCAACCUGGGCCCUCCUGGAAAGCCCACUCAGCUGGAUGAAUCUUACAGCCCCUACAGCCUGAUAUCCAGCUCAGAGUCUCCUUCCAGCCCUCUGGUGCCUCCAGACAGCUGGGGACAAAGCAAAGGCAGCAGUGACAAGAUGGCCAAUGGGACCAAUAUCAACUGGCCACCAGAGUUUUGUCCUGGUGUACCCUGGAAGGGCCUCCAGAAUAUCGACCCUGAAACUGACCCCAACGUGACCCCUGGCAGCGUCCCCAGCGGACCCACCAUCAACACAAAUAUCCAAGAUGUCAACCGCUACCUGCUCCGGGACAGGAGCGGAGGUGAGAACAGGAGAAGUAAACUGUCAGAGAUGAAAUCCACUUGGUCUCCAGGCCCCAUUUCUCACAGCCAGGCCUCUCUGUCCCACGAGCUGUGGAAGGUCCCGCAGGGCCCUCGGAGCAGCACCACAGCCCCUUCCCGCCCCCCGCCUGGCCUCACCAACACAAAGCCUUCCUCCACCUGGGGGGGCAGCUCUCUGGGUCUGGGACAAGGCUGGAGCAGCUCUUACACCACAGCAGGUACCACGUGGAGUACAGACAGCUCCACCAGAACAAGUAGCUGGCUCGUGCUGAGGAACCUCACUCCGCAGAUUGAUGGCUCGACUCUGCGAACACUGUGCAUGCAACACGGCCCCCUCAUCACAUUCCACCUCAACCUGACACAGGGAAACGCUGUAGUGCGCUACAGCUCCAAGGACGAAGCUGCCAAGGCACAAAAGUCCCUGCACAUGUGUGUGCUCGGGAACACCACCAUCCUGGCAGAGUUUGCCGGGGAAGAGGAAGUGAACCGCUUCUUUGCACAGGGCCAGUCACUCGGAGGAACAACCAGCUGGCAGGCCACUCCAGGCACCAAUCAGACAAGGAUGGGCGGGACCGGGUCUGGAGCGUCUCACCCCAUCGGGCACUCGCCCCACUGGAACAACAACAACAACGGCGCCGGCAGCAGCAGUAGCAGCGGCGGCCUGGGAGCAGGCGGAACAAAAACAGGCGGAGAGCUGCUGUGGGGUGGUGUUCAGCAGUAUUCCAGCCUGUGGGGACCCCCGAGUGGAGAAGAGGGACGGGUCAUGGGGAGCCCCACCCCAAUCAAUACACUGCUGCCUGGGGACCUGCUGAGCGGGGAGUCCAUGUAGGAUAGAAGAGCCAAGGCUUAUAAAAACAAACACAAACAGGAGCAAAAACCUUGCAAAUCAAUGUGGAGAUAAUCAACGUGGAUGUAAAGGUGGAAAGGAGAGACGGAGGAAGACGAGGAAACACCUUCGCUGCUCGCCCUCGUCAGCCUCGUCUCCUCCUCCUGAGUUUUUACUGACAUUUUUAGUUGCAGUUCUGUUGUGAAUCCCAAUAACGGAUAUUUUGAUCAGUGUUCAGCUUUUACUUCACAGGAACAAGAACUUUUGUUUUUUCCAGAAAUGAACUUUUGAGAACUUUGCCGCGCGAGACGUACUUUUAGUCAAACUGACACAGUGACGAGCUGCCAUCUUUAAACUAAUCCCUCACUGCCUUUUUGAGGCAAUCAUACUGCACCUCAGAGAUCCAUGGAAAAAAAAAAGGCGUCAUUCCCAAAGUUUAAAAAAAAAAAAAAAAAAACUUCAAUCAGAGUGGUUGUUGAACUUUCAGCUGGUCCAGACUCGACAUUUGUUUCUCUCAGCACUAAUAAAUUAGCCUUAAACUAUUUCCUGCCCUGCUAUCCUCACUCACUCUGUACUUGGUGAAGAAGCAUACGGACACCUGCACACCCUUAUUUCUGAGCCAGUGAAACCUGAGUGGAGAGUACAUGCUGCUGCGGCUUAACAACCGCUUAAGCAACCACAGCUCGCGACUUCAGUGCAUUGUUUUUUUUUUUUUCUUUAAAAGCAGAUUGAGUUCCCCUCACAGCGCUCCAAGGGAAUGAUGCAACUCUGUUCGCCUUGUUCAAGCCAUUUAUUUUUGUAGGUUUUUUUUUUUAUUUCUCUUCUUGAACCAUUGCAAACAAAGCUAAGAAAUGAUAUUAUUCAAAAUGUGUCUGUCAAUCUUAUGUGGUGGUGUCGAGGGACGGGGUGGGUGGGGUCGUCGCAUGUACAGUUAAGACGGGCGACAACAAUGAACCACUGCUAUUACUAUGGAACUGUAAAGACGAAACACUUCGAUGCACCUCAACUCAUCUGCGGGGAGACACCUCGCAGUUUGGUCUCAGUCUCUCAGACCCGCUCACUGAUGCUGUGGAGGAGGAGGAAAAAAAAACUCAAGUCGUUGCCUCCCUCUGCCCCGCCCCCUCUACCGUGCGCGCCCACUCCGCCUGCAAAGCAACCAUUUCAAGCGACGUGCAAUAUUAUAGCCACAGACUCUCACCGUCCAAGCACCCCUACUCGCGGGAUUAAUAGAGGAGACUGUAAUGAAUGAACUGCAAACACUUUAUCUGUCUGCCCGCCAACUUCGCCACCCACCCAUCCACCCGCCUGUACUGCCCCACAUCUCUCCUCAUUGCAAAAACAAAAAACAAGCAAACAAAAAAAAACCUGCCACUACAGCUUCCCUUUGUCUCCCCCUGCAGGGUGUCAGGAGAGUCGCAUGCUGGUCUUCAACAGUCUUCUGUCUAAAACACAAGGACGCACACACCACCCGACUCUCCACUCUUAUGCUUGUGACUGAUUUUUGGGGAGCAGGACGGGCAGGUGUGCGUCCGUGUGUGUGUGUGUGUGUGUGUGUGUGCGUGUGCGUGUGCGUGCAUGACGGGGCGAUGGCGUCAAACCAAAACAAGAAGACCAGAUGACUCCCCUCCCCUCCAUUUUACACACAUUUGCAUUUCUAGAAACGUCUGAAUCAACGAUUUGUGUGAGUCGGUGGUCUUAUCACAGCACAUAGCAAGAGCACGGCUACUCCUCAUACCCUCAAUGCCAACGAACAGAAGAAAGGAGAAGCAACACUGGCAAAUAAAAACUGAAAAGACAAAAAAAAGCAAUCUGCUUAGUGGCUUCUCUGUAUACUUAUUUUUGAACUUGACGUGGAUGUGAAUUUAUUUUUAUUUUUUCCCCUCUUUUUUUUUUUUUUUUUUUUUUUUUUUUGAGUCCUUCUUCCCUCGAGUCUGUGGGACCAGAAAGGAUGUCAAACAGUAGCAAAGUGAAGGGAAACACAAAGAAGAACUAAGUCAAGCGAUGACGGGUGAUGGCAGGAAAAGACCUCAGAGGACUCCACCCUUCUGCUAUCAAAGUAAAUAUCACUGUUACAUUGCAACUUUUGAAAUCAUUAUCUUUGGUGUCUGGAAACACUCGACGUGUUCAUGUUCUACUGGGUCCAGCAGGGAGGAUCGCCAUCCCCCCCUUCCCCUUUUUUUUGUGUUGUUUUUGUUGUUGGAGGUCCUGCCAACCUGUGUGAUAGUGUGGCCACUGAGUGCCUGCCUGCUGCAGAGUGCAGUGCUGCAGCAGCCCUCGCCCCCUCCCUCCAUCUCUCUCGCUCGCUCGCUGCCUCCCUGCGGACCCCUACAGACUGACUCCCCUCUUCUUCCUUCUCCUUCUCCUCCCAAGAGCAGCUCCUUCAGAACUGGCCCACCACCUUGUAUUGAAUCUACUACUUUACUACUACUCUACUACUACUGCUACACCAGAGUCUGUCCUCAGCAACCUCCACUUCCACUCUCUCUUCCCGUCUCGCUCCUGCAAGGAUCACUUUAUCCGGAGACGGAGUCGACUGAUAUUUUAUUUUAUUGUAUUUUCCCCUUUUUUUUUCUUCUUUUUUUUUAUUGGAGUUGCUGGUGUGCAUUUUAAUUUUGUUUUGUUGUGAGAAGUUUGGUGAUAUUGUUGCUGUUAUCAUGAACGAUUGUUAUGUUUUGACGAUUUCAUGGCUUUUAUGCAGUGUUCAUCUUCUUUCCUGUCCCUCUCACCGCCGCUGCCUCCAAGGCAGAACCAGCGUGUAGUUUAGAGGUAGGCCUCAGCCGCGUGAAUCACUGAGGGAGAGAGGGAGGGGAUUCAGGAUUGAGGAGUCAAAUCAGGAUGAAAAGGAGGGGGGAGGGAGGUGUAGUUUAAGGUUCUCCAGGAUGACAAGCCAACUUCUUCUGUCCAUCCUGGGGUGACCGAGCGUCCACUGCGCUGUGUCGUAACACACCCAUCGUUUUUAGUGUCGAUGGGCCUCGCUCACGCUGGUGCUUUAACUCUGGGAGCACCCAGUUAUCACUUAGAACCACCUCAACUUGAUGACAGCCUUCCAUUUCUAUGCAAAGACAAGGAGGUGUUCGCUCACAGCCAUCCCCUACAUCCGCCAAUUUUCCACUUAACCCUCUCGACCUUUAUUACCGGGCAGCUUCUCUCGAAACCUCACCUGGAUUAAAAUGUAGGGGACACUGAUGGAGCCUCUCUUCAGUAUAGGAAAAAAAUAAAGGGUGGGGGAGGGGGCGUGUAGUGGACAGAGCUGUUAGAUGACACUAAAUGACCUGCUGGAGGCACCAAGUUGAGUUUUUGUGCCAACAGAUUUCUGAAAGUCUACUUCCACUUUUGGCCACAUCCUGAUUUAUCCUUAGCAACGAUGAGUGUAUGUUAUCGCUGCAGAGCUGUGGGAGGCUUAAGGCCAGAUGAGUGGGGCUGGUCAUUCACCAGUAGGAGGAGGAAGAGGAGGAGGGAGUGUCCCUGUAUGUGUCUGUGCACUGUUUAUGGGUCACAUCGGGUACAUCUCUUUAAAAACCAAAAACAUUAUCUUUCUCUUUUUUCCUUUAUCAUUAAGGUUUUUGCAAAAACUAGAAACUACAAAAAAAACCCCGGUCUUUUUCAGCUGUGCACUCUGAGGCCGAGACGCCUGAUUUCUGUUUCUCUGCAAGCGGCCGCCUUCUCACCCUCUCUGGCCUCGUUUCUCCGAGCCACGCCUGGGAGAAGCUGUAUCCUGGAGGUUCACUCUGGACCUCCAAACCUGAAGGUUGUGCCAGCCAGUAUACACGCAUAUAUAUGAAUAUAUAGAAAACAGGUCAUGUCUGCACAUCUGACUUUGGGGGUCCAAGCGGGGACCCGACGUAUCAGCAGAAACAAGAGACGCACCUCAAGUUCGGUACCAAGUCUUAAAACUCUUUGCGGGGUGGUUUUUGACCCUCUUCCAGAGUCACUUUAGACUCGCAUCAUUCAACGAAACAAUCACUAUUGCCUGUGCUGUCUGUUUUUGUGCGAUUGGUCCUGAAAAACCUGCAUUUUGCUCCACACUGGACUUGAAUCAACGGGAGGAGGGGGAAGUUGAACCGAGUGGGAGGGACGGGUGACCAGGACCGAGUCUCAGACGUGCCCUGGGAUUUCACCAGCACUGAGAAGCCCCACCCUCUCCCACGCCUUCGUCUGCACUCUUAUCUACCUGUCUAGUGUUGGAAAUCACAUCCUCCCCUCCCCCUUCUUAUUUUUUACGAUUUAUUAUUGUUAUUUGAAGUCACGUGGACUCAAAGGCAACUGGAGCUCGAGUAAAAUCUACUUCUCAGUCGUGGAUCAGUCGAGGGUCUGGGGGCAAAAAGAGCUGAAUUAGCAAAUCUCUAAAAACAAAGGUCUGGGUUGAAUAUGCACAUGCUAGCUCAUACACAGGAUACAACCAAGCGUACAUUUGUGGGUGUAUGUGUGUGUAUGGCUAGAUUUCUGUUUUCCACUUAAGCCUAACCCCCCCACCCUUACCCUUACCUCCCCGCCCUCUGCCCUGGCGUCAGCUCCUUACCCUCUGUAUCCAACAUCAAUAUUUCCCAGAAGACAAGAUCAUAAACAUAUCAGAGUAAUACAAAAUAAUGAAAACAAAUACUUGAAUCAAAAGAAGCGCCAAUAAUGUAAUGUGAACACUUUUUUUUGUAGUGUUUUUCUUUUUUUGUCUCAUUCAUUCACUUUGGAGUUUUUUUGUUUGUUUUUUUUUUUAAAGCGUCAGUUCAGAGUGAAAAAAAAACAAAGAUCGGUUUUUAAAAACAAAAUUUUAAAAAAAGGCAAAUUUACAUCAGUCGUAUUUGAGUGUUUGCACAAGGCCGCUUGUACUGUACGUUGUGAAUGAAUGUCUGCGAGGUGAGACGAUGCGUGAGAGCUCGUGAUUACAGCGGAGGGAUCUCUGCCUCACGUUUCUCUUCAGUUCAGUAUCAUUUUUGUUGUUGUUGUUUGUUUUCCUUUUGCUUGUCAAAUACUAUAUUCUGAUGUUAAUUGUUACUAGCCUCUAGCGUUGCACUGAGUGUCAGCCUCACCCCUCAUCCAGCUAUAUGAACAACAUGAUACAAGUACUGAGGGGAGGGGGGGAAGAGGUAUCUGGGGGGACAGUUCAUGUGUAAAUGUUUACUCAAGGACUAAAAAUAAGUGUGUUUUUAAAAAGAAAAUGUAAUGUUUAUCUACCUUAGUGGCUUUCAUUGUGGAAUAAUCCAAGAAAGUAUGGAUCAUAAUUGAGUAUUGCACCAUUUUUCAGACUAUAAACUUAAAAAAAUCAAAAAAAAAAUCAUAUGUAUAAAAAAAAAAUGCAGCAAAAAAAGUAUUUUGCAUACCUGUGGCCAUAGAUUGGGGUAGAAGGACUUCAGCUCUCCCAAAUCUGAGCAACGGAGGGUGAAGGACACGACAUCAGACCGAGCCUUGGCUUCUAGGGCUCAUUCAGAGGUGCCUACCUUUUUAUUUUUAUUUUAUUUUUUGGGUUUGUUAGCUUUCGUUCGGUUUUCUCUUAGUUCACUCAUCUGUUCUUCUGCAAGGCCACUGACAGUUUACAGUUUUUAUUCUGGAGUUCAUAAACAAAUCAGCAAAACAAAGGAAUUAAACCAUGUGGGGAAACUUAAAAAAAAAAAAAAAAAAAAAGAUUAAAAAAAGGACAAAUGCUUCCAUUUUUAAGAAAAAGUGCAACACUUCACAGAAUGAAGAUUUUAUCGUGCUACUUUCAGAACUCUGGGAUUGAACAGUGUUGUCUUGUUCUGUUUAACCUUCUUUAUUCUGUGUUAAUGUUGUUCAUGGACUAUCUGAAGCCUGUUUGUUUUAUGUUGAUUAUAUAUAUUUUUUCCUUUAUAUAAAAAAACAGAAAAGAAGACAAAAAAAAGACAUAAUUGCUCACUAUCUUGCACACACACGAAAAAGUGGAUCUUGUCUCAGGAAGGCCAGGGUUCCAGAGUACCAACUCCACGCCAUUUUAAUGUACAUUUUUAUGAGUUUAAAGAAAAAAACAAACAAAAACAAAAAAAAAAAACAAAGGAUGACUUAAAAGAAACAAUUCUAAGCACUGAAAGUUAUGGAUUUCAGAAGAAGAGAGAAUACCUUUUGUUUCUAAAUCCGUAGCAGUUACAUAAUAACCAAAUAAUGGACUUUAAAAUAAAAAUGGAGUGCUUUAUAUAUAAAUCUAUAUAUUAAAAUUGCUUUACAUGGAAAAAAACAAAAA